ACUUUUCCCAAUACACCCGAUAAUAAGAAUAUACGUUAUGGCCUUUUAUUUAAUUUCGCUUUCAUGGAAGGAUUAUCAAUUGGUCCUUUGGUUGUUCAACGCAUUACGGUGUUAGCCAGUACAUUUCCUCAUAAAAGAAAAUUACAUUUCUGGGCAAAAAAUUCAUUAUUUGCAAAUAAGAUCUUAAAUGCAAUUCUAACUAGUGGUGGAGUUGUUCCCGUCGAUAGAAAAACAAAGAAUAAUAAAGCGCUGUUUGCCGCAACUUUCGAAGUCUUGAAACUCGGUGAAGUUGUUACCGUGUUUCCUGAAGGAACAUCGCAUUCUCAAUCACGGCUGUUAGAAUUUAAGGAUGGUGCUUCUUGGGCUGUAUUAGAAUAUGCUUCCUUUGUGUCUGAUCUCGAGAAAUCAAAUGGUGGUCGUGACGAUAUCGACAAAAAGAAAUCGAAAUUUCCCGCAAAGGCCAUAGUCAUUCCCGUUGGACUGACUUAUGUUCAAAAAUCAAAAUAUAGGAGCCUGGUCAUAGUUGCAUAUGGUCCACCUAUACACAUGGAAUCGUAUCUCGAGGAUUUCGAAAUAGAUAAUCGAGCAACCGUCAAACGAUUGACCAAACAUAUCGAGACUGAAACGGAAAAAUUAACGAUAAAUGCCCCAGAUUGGGAAACCUCCCACGCAGCAACAAUCGCUAGGCAACUUAUAUUUUCGGGUGACAAACACGUGCCACUUGAAGAUUACGUAAAGAUAACACAGAGUUUGAUAAAUUUUUUCGCAAAUACAAUUUCCGACGAAAUAUUAUCUUUGAAAAACAAUUUAAUUCAAUAUAAGACCUCAUUGGACGAACUCCGUUUAUCCAACGCUGAUAUAGCACGCUACGAAAAUCGUAGUCUUACAAUUCCAUGGGCAACAUAUACAUUCUUACGUGAAUUGUUGAAAUUUGUUGUUCAAUUACCAUUUUUCUUACCAGGAUUAUGUUUUCAUUGGCCGAUAUAUCUGUUGGGUAUAAUAUCAGCGAAAUAUGAAAUAUAUGAAGAGUCGAGAGCACAAAAUAAAAUCGCGUUGGGAUUAACAUGGUUGCUGAUAGCUUAUUCGGCAUUAUUCUUUUUUAUUUGGGUGACGUUCUUUUUUACCCCUUUGGGAUUUAUUCUGGCUGCCAGUGCUGUAUUCAUUUUCGCUUGGUAUCAUAUUGCACUCGUUGAUAGUCACUAUGACAAAUUCAAGAAACUUAUAUCAUCGUUUAGAUUACUUGCGGCCUUGUGUAGUGGAAAAGGAAGUUUACCUAGAGAUCAAGUUGAGAAUUUGAAAGAAAAAAGAGAUUUGUGCCUUGGAAGUUUAAAAAAAAUUGGUAAAGAGUAUAGAAGUAAAAGCGAUGAUUUAAGAAUAGUGUUAGAGCAUUGUGAAAGAGCUUUUAUUUUUGAAGGAAAAAAAUUAAGAUAA